UUAACAGCUUCCCUGAAAAAUUUUCUUACCGAAGGAAAGUUGAUAGAUUACAAUGAAAUGCGAUUUAAUGAAAGAAAUAUCGCAAAUAUAGGUUUUAACAACGUUAUGCAAUUUGUUAAAAGAUUAAGAGGAGAAGACAAUUUCUUGUUUUCUACGGAUAUUCUGUUUAUUCAGUUGACAUCAUUUGGAGUAAGAAAAAAUUUCCCAUUAAAAAAAGAAUUUGAUCUGACUUUGAGAAAAUGUCUCGAAGCAGGAUUAUAUGAAAAAUUUUUAUCAGACGAAGUCCUUCGUUACAGCGAUGAAAAACAGUUGUUAUUAGUAGAAUCUGAUGAUUUUCAUCCUUUGACAUUAGAUGAUUUGAUUGGAACAUUUGGAAUACUAAUAAUUGGUUAUACCCUUUCAGCAAUUGUAUUUAUUUUGGAAAUUAUUUUUAAACAAAUAUCUUAUCAGUAUUCAAAAUAAUCUGAAAUAUUUUACAUAUA